GAUAAGUUUAAAAGGCGGGGGGGGGAGGAGAUAUGUACAUUCUUCCAUGCUUUAGCCUGUAAUUAGGCUAAAUAAUGGUGCAGGCGUAUGAUAGCAGACCUUGAAUGAGUGUACACACUGGAAAAGAGGGAACAAUUUAGACAAAAAAAAGUGCUGUGAAAGUAAACUGAAAGUUAUGGAUAGGUUGGAUCUCUGCGAGUCCAUGAUACACGCGCACGCACACACGCGCACACACACCCACCCACCAAUACACGUCAGCGCGCGCGCGCGGCCGUUCCUUCAUUCCACCGAUCGUACGUUCUCCGUCUUUCACGCGCGCACCAUGGCCGAGGAGCAGCAGGACCACCGCCUUCAUCCGCGAGCACUGGGACCCGCGCGCGAACACGGCUUGAACCUGCAGAAGCGGCAGGCGCGCGUGACGGUGAAAUACAACCGCGCGGAGCUGCAGAGGCGCUGGAACGCCGAGAAGUGGAUCGAGCGCGCGCUGGAGGAGCUUUACACCGGGGCGGAGGAUGACAUGCCAGAAGAGAUUGACAUUGAUGACUUACUGGUUCUGGAGAGUGAUGAAGAGCGAACACAGAAACUCCAGGAGCUGCUGCAGACCUGCAGGAACAACACACAGCCAUUCAUCAGUGAGCUCCUCCAGAGGCUGCACGGCCUUCACAAACAGGAAGAGCUCCAGAAAGAGGGCAUCGGCCAUCCUUGUCUCCAUGGUUACCCUCAUCACCAUGGCAAUGUGCAUACCCAUGGAGGCCAACAGCACCAUCAACCAUCAACCCACCAGACUCUUUAGCCCUUUGUAUCCCAUGAUGCACUGCUGCAGCCAACUACAACAAACCUUGGCUAAGUCCCUGAUCCACAAACUGAUAUGACAUCAUCACUAACCUGAUGUUUGCACACAGGGCGAUUUCCUGUAAUCACGCUCACACCUCGUUAAGGAGAUUUAAACCUCUUCACAUGUCGGUGUAAAGGGAUCUCCUAACCACAUUAAACCUCUCACAGGAUUGUAUAUAAUCCUGUACGAAGUAAACAAUGAUAUACAUAUAUAAGAUUUUUAACUUUGCUAACAUUUCCCAAAAGUUUCCCUUACCUGAAAUGUAGUCAGUCGGCCUCAAGGUGGCAGCAUAUCCCAGUCACACAAUACAGCAUAUACUUACAGAUAAAAUUGUAUUAAUUGUAUACUUCAGACAUCACACAAUUUUCCCUUUACUCUAAAUUAAGUCGAUCAGCGGAGACGCUAAUGUGGCGUACAAAUAAUAACCUAUUUUUUUUCGAAUACCAGAGAUAUUUAUCACACUUAACACUGCCAUUCAUUUGUCCUUCUGUAAAAUCCCAUUUACAUUUGAAGCUUGUGGGACAACCUAAAUCACGCUCUGUCCUAAACCACAUCAACACUUUAUUAACACUUCUGCGUUCUGUCACCUGAAAAACUGAAUGAAAAAAGAUGUCCAAAGAUUAUUUGUUAGCAACAUUAGCCAUUAGAACUCCAGUCAAAAGCUAAAGAACAGAACUUUCAAUAGUUGAAAAGUCUUCGUAUGGACAGUGUGGCAUGUUGGGGUUUUUUUUUCAGUUCAGUGCAUUUUCAAACUGAUUGAUUGUUUUAGAAAAUAACAUGUAAAUGGCUCAAUAAACUCAUAACACUAGAUCAUCGAUGAGUUCUUACAUCACUAAGAUACGGGCUACGAUAACGCUAAUGAAUGGAUGCGAUCCAAUGAGAAUGAUGACACUCAAUUCUCAAACAAAAUAAAUGUUUUGGGACUCUGUG